AUGUUUAAAACACGUAAAGCAAAGGAUGGGGAGCCAACUGCUCCGGGGCAGGUGAAAAUUAAAAAGAGGUCAAAGGUGCCUGGAGUUAUGAUCACCCAGUAUGUGCAAGAACUACCGGAGGGCAUGACCACCCCAGAUUUCACUCGCAAACCUAUCGCUCUCACGAUUCAAGAAGGAAAAUUGGCUGUCUUCAGAGCAGUCGUCACCGGCAACCCAAAGCCGACUGUUACCUGGAUGAGAAAUAGUGGAGAGGUCAAUGAAGCAGGGAACAUAAUGGUCUAUGAUGCGACUGCUGGUGAAUACCAACUGCAGAUGCCUGAUGUAACGGCGGAACAAGCCGACACCUACAAGUGUUUCGCCAGAAAUGAAUUUGGAAAAGCGGUUGUGACUGCCGCGCUCAACGUCAUUGAGGUUGGUUUUAAGAAGAGCAAAGCCAUGCAAGAAUCAAGAACAGCGGUCAGAGAGACACCCGAGGACUUCAAAAAGACCUUAAGGAACAAGGUUGAUACGGAGGCAAAAGAGGACACUAAACCAGAAAUUGACGAAAGGUUUUGGGAACUGUUGAUGAGUGCGGACAAGAAAGAUUACGAGAGCAUCUGUGCUCAGUACGGUGUCACUGAUUUCCGUGGGAUGCUUAAGAGACUUAGUGAGAGGACGAUCGAGAGGGAGUAUGAGCAACAAAGGGUUGUUGAAAGGCUAUGCAACCUAAAGCCCAUUGAACUGAAGCAUGAUGGGGAUGCAGAGUUUGAACUGGAAAUGUCACUCAAAGACCCUAGCAGCAAAAUCUUCUUAUUCAAGGAUGGAGUUAUGAUCCCUUAUGAAAUGGACACAGAUGCAAAACAUGGCCUGAAGCAGGUGGGAAAGAAAUUUGUGUUCAGCAUCAAUGGUGUUGACCCAGAUGAUGCAGGGUUAUACCAAGUGGAGAUUGAUGGAGUAAAGAUCUUCUCAACCGACUUCAAACUUCCCCCUGUGGACUUCUUGGUCAAGAUUAAAGAUGUGAAAGCAGAGGAAAGACAGGACGCUGUGUUUGAGUGUGUCCUCUCACAGCCCCUGAAAAAGUUAAAAUGGAUGGGAAAGAAUGUCCCACUAGAGCAAGGGGAAAAAUACGAUAUCAGUGUGUCCGAGGACAUGCUGAUACACACUUUGGUGGUGAAGGACUGCCUGCUUUUGGACAAAGGAAUCUAUGCAGCUGUGACUGGAACUAACUCCUGCAAUGCCUGGCUUGUGGUUGAAGCCGACAACGAUCCAGAAACUCGCGGAAAGAAGAAAGCUCGCAAAACUACCAGAGCAGGGGGUGGUGGAGCCGACCUUUUGAAGAUUGCUGAGGAGCAACAGGCCAAGAUACAGAUAGAGAGAGAGACGUUGAUUGCAAAUGCAAAGGCCGAGGCGGAGGCCAGGGCGGCAGCGGAAGCGGCAGCAGAGGCUAAACCUAAAGCACAGAAGGAAGCCAGAGCCAAGCCCAAGCCAAAAGCAAAGGCCAAGGCAAAGACGGAAGAAAGGGUAGAAGUGGGAGAUGGCGCAGAUGAAGCAGAGGAAACCCCUGUGGUGGAGGAGGAGGAUGAGAAAGAAGAUCUGCAAGAUGAGGCUCCGGCAGAGGUUGACAAUGCUGAAGAAGAGGAGCCAGCAAUAGAGAGAAAAAAGAGAGUGCGAACAGGCCCACUCGUUGCUGACACGGUCAUUGACCCGGGGGUUUACUUUACGAGCGGACUGUCGGAUGUAACCGCAAUCAUGGGUUCUGAUGCGGAACUGGUCUGCAGGCUCAGCAGUGAGGACUGUGAUGGUGUCUGGUACAGAGAUGGGAAAGAGGUAACAGCGUCAGAGGAUAUCUGUAUUGUUAAAGAUGGGACUUAUCGCAAACUAGUAAUCAAGAAGUGCACAGAAGAUGAUGCUGGAAAGUACCGCUGUGAAGCUGAUGGCCGUAAAACAGAAGCUGUGCUAAGUGUUGAAGAUCCUCCAAGAAUUAACCCUGAUGACCUCAGUGAUUUCAUAAAACCUGUUGUAAUCAAAGCUGGGAAGGAUGCAGCCUUCAAGCUGUCCUUCGUGGGCCGGGAACCCAUGAAGGUCCAGUGGUAUAAUGAGGGUGAAGAGCUCUUGGAGGACACCCAUAUCAACAUAGAAAAGUCAUCAUCACACAGCCGCCUGGUGCUCAUCAAGUGCCCACGCAAAACCACAGGGGAAAUUAAGAUUAAGAUUAAAAAUGAAUGCGGAACUACUGAGGCCAUCACCCAGCUGGUUGUGUUAGAUAAACCAACACCACCCCUGGGCCCGGUUGACGUCAUCGAAGCCUCGGCAGCUUGCGUCGACUUCAAGUGGAGGUCUCCCAAAAACGACGGCGGCUCCCCCAUCACAGACUACAUCCUGGAGCGCCAGCAAAUUGGCCGAAACAGCUGGAAGAAAUUAGGCAGGGUCGGCCCGGAGCCCAAAUACCGGGAUGCUGAUGUGGAUCACGGCAGAAAAUACUGCUACCACAUCAGGGCGGAAACUGAUCAAGGCAUCAGUGAAAUGAUGGAGACAGAUGACAUUCAGGCAGGGACAAAAGCAUACCCUGGACCUCCUUCUACACCAAAAGUGGAAAGUGCUUUCAAGGACUGUAUCAAUCUGGCUUGGUCUGCACCCACUAAUACCGGAGGAACCAGCCUUUUGGGGUACAACCUUGAGAAACGCAAACAGGGCAGUAAUCUGUGGGGCCAUGUCAACCCUCCGGAUGAGCCCAUCAGAGAGAAAAAGUAUGCGGUGAAAGACGUGGUUGAAGGCAUCGAGUACGAGUUCCGCGUAUCAGCGGUCAACGUUUCUGGUGCUGGAGAGCCAAGUUCUCCUUCUGAAUUUGUGUGUGCAAGAGAUCCAAAAAAGCCACCCGGUAAAGUGAUUGACCUGAAGGUGACUGACUCCACAUACUCCACAUUAUCGCUGGCCUGGACCAAACCGACAGAGGAGGAAGGGGUCCAGGAUGAGGCCAAAGGAUAUUUUGUGGAGCUCAGACCAGCAGAAACCCCAGAAUGGGGUCGCUGUAACUCCACUGCUACCAUCACGACCUCCUAUAAUAUUAUGGGUCUAAAGUCGAUGGCCAUGUACUGGCUGAGAGUUCUAGCCACCAAUGAGGGUGGAGACGGGGCUCCCCAGGAGCUGAACAACUACAUCAUAGCGAUGCCUCCCCCAGUGAGACCUCAAUUCACUGACAAAAAGAUGAAGAACUUUAUCGUGAUGAAAGCUGGGAACUCCGCUCGAGUCAACUUCAACUUUCAGGCGUCUCCGAUACCAGUUAUCAAAUGGCUCAAGGACGGUCAUCCCGUGGCCAAGCAGGUGACCGUGAGCAACACGGACACAUCUUCCCAGCUAAUGAUCCCCGCGGCAGAGCGCCACGACACGGGCAUCUACACCAUCGUCGUCAGGAACCUCGUUGGUCAGGAGACCUGCAGUGUGGAGAUAAGAGUCACGGAUGAGCCCAAGCCUCCGGGCCCCGUGGAGCUGGAGGAGAAGGUGUCGGGGACGGUGACGGUGUCCUGGAGCGCCUCCCCGGACGAGAAGAAAGACGACAGGCUGCACUACGUGGUCACCAAGCGGGACUCCGUUAAGCGUUCGUGGCAGACCGUGGCAGAGCAUCUCUUCAACAACAAGUUCACUCUCAUCAACGUCAUGCCCGGGAGGCAGUACACGUUCCGGGUCUACACCAGGAAUGACAUGGGGCUCUCCAAGCCUUCCGAGUCCACAGUGUGGGAAGUGAAGAGAAUAAAAGAAAAGUUUUCUUUGAAGCUUCCCGCCACUAAAAGCUGCAGCUUUGAGGCGCUUCCCUCGUUCACCGUUCCUCUGAGAACGCACCAGAGCCCCGAGAGCUACGAGUGCCACAUGAGCUGUGCCGUGACGGGAAACCCGAAACCACGCGUCACCUGGUACAGAAACAACGUCAGUCUCAACACCAACACCAACUACCACAUCACCAACACGUGUGGCGUCUGCUCCAUGGCGAUCCUCGCCGUGGGCCCCAAGGACAGCGGAGAUUACACCGUGGUUGCGGAGAACCCUCUGGGCAGAAUGCAGUGUUCAACUAAACUCGUGGUUCAAGGAUGA